AUGACUAGUUCCCAUGGAGCUACCUUAGAUCACCUCAUCGCGCAGGCAUUGGUAGUCGCCCCUAUUCCCCCAACACCUUUCCUGAUCCUCCAAGCCGAAGAAGCCAUAGCUUCCGCUACCUCUCAAAAAGCGGCUCUCGAAGCUACGAUCAAUGCCGCCGAGCAGUACAUGAAGGCUUUGCGCCUUGCGCCAGUGGAGAAUCAAGGCCGGUUCGACUCAAAAUGCAAAGGCCUCAUCACGCGUGCCGAGCUGAUCAAAACGACCGCUGACUGGCAACGAGUGGUCCGCCAGAGACUGAUCCCGAAUCUGGAACCACCCAUAUCCAAGCGCAGGCUCACAACUCGCGAACAGAUCAUUAUUCUCGAAGGGGCAAAGCUGAAUGGGUUUAUUUUCCCACCGUGGGAGCGACCACCAUCACCUUUAGACUUUGACGGUCUGUUCACAGACUCACCCGAGCUGCACCUGUCCGAGUGCCAGAAGGAGAUUUUCUCAGGAUGGAAGAGACCUUCUGAUCUCUUGCAGGCUGGAUAUUCUUCUUGCAAAGGCAAGAAUGGAUUAGAGCCGUUGAUGUCGGUCUCAAAUUCCUCGGAUCUCGUGCAAGAUGUCUUGACCGACUGCUCAGUCGUAGCCAGUCUCUGUGCAACUUCAUCCAGAGUAGAGCGAGGGCUCGGGAAGGAGGCCUUGCCAGCAAUAUAUCCUCGCGUACCUGGUUCCGACGAGCCGGCUCUCUCGCCCGUUGGGAAGUAUAUUUUUCAAUUCUACUUCAACGGAGCAUUCAGGAAAGUUAUCAUAGACGACCGAUUGCCUAGUUCAAAAACUAAGAGGUCUCUCUAUGUCGUGGAUCGCAACAAUCCCAACUUUCUCUUGCCAGCUCUCAUCGAGAAAGCCUACCUCAAACUCCGUGGUGGGUAUGAUUUCCCUGGAAGCAACUCAGGCACCGACCUCUGGAUAUUGAAUGGGUGGAUCCCGGAGCAGCUCUUCCUUCACGACCAGGACGCUACCUCUGACGAGAUCUGGCGGCGCUUGUAUCAUGCCUUUUCUUACGGGGAUGUGCUGUUGACUAUAGGUACCGGCAAACUGACCGAAAGGGAACAAAAGGGGUUAGGCCUAGUUAGCGAGCACGACUAUGCCAUCCUCGACAUGAGAGUGCUUCAUGGGAAACGACAAUUCUUGCUCAAGAACCCAUGGGCAGGCGCGGAACCUAACAUUGGAACAAACCCGGACGACAACACAACGGACGUGCGCCGUCUUUCUCCUGGAACGUUCUGGAUGAAUUGCGAGCAAGUGUUUCAAAAUUUUGAAAACUUGUACCUCAACUGGAACCCUGGCUUGUUCAAGUACCGCGAAGAUAUCCACUUUUCCUGGGACCUGUCCCAACGACGGGCGCAGGCUGGUUGCUUUGUGCGAAACCCCCAAUUCUCGGUGCAUUGUGAGCGUGGCGGUACGGUCUGGUUGCUGCUGGGGAAGCACUUCAAAUCUGAGGAUCAGGUCGUCUCGGGUGCCGAAGGUGGUGGCCUUGGUUUCAUCAGCAUCUACGUGUUUCGAGCCGGUGGGAAGAGGGUGUCUCUGAACGAUAUGCCUUUACAACGUGGGCCCUACGUCGACUCUCCAAAUACCCUCAUGAGGCUCGACAUGGCCCCGCAAACGACUUAUACCGUUGUGAUAUCUGAACAAUCCCUACCAUCUUCAAACAGAAAUUUCACACUCUCGGCAUUUUCUACUGCGUCGGUCUCGCUAGCCCCGGCCCAGAAUAGCUACAUGUGCGUCAGGAAGACGAUCGGAUCAUGGUCCGCAUCAUCAGCGGGUGGCAACGCAGAGUCGGCACGAUAUUCUUCCAAUCCCCAAUUCACUAUCGAGACCUUUGAAAAAACCGAUGUCUCAAUUUUAUUGGAAUCGAACGAGGCUGAGCUGGCGACUCAUGUGAAGCUGUUCUGGUCCAACGGACAGCGCAUUACACGGGUACGAAGUCGUGAUAUCAUUGCUGAUAGUGGUGACUAUCGCCGUGGAUGUGCCUUGGCAGAAGCAAAAGCGCUUGACAAAGGUGUCUACACCAUUGUGUGCUCUACCUUUGCUUGCGAUCAGCUUGGGCAAUUCGACCUGUGGGUGUCAUCUUCAGUCCCUUGUGUGGUGCAAUCUCUAGCCUCUGAGUCAGCCGGCCGCCGCCGCACAGUCUCCUCUCCCGGCACCCUCGCCCCUGGGAGGGAUCGUAUGCUUGCGCCACUUCACGUACCUCGAAUGACUCGGAUCAAGCUGAUUGGAAGAAGUCGGUCUUCCACAAUUGGUUCUCGCUCUGUGGCCCCUUCGCCUGUCCUAAUGACGGUAGAAUUAGGCCAAGGUCCGUACAAGACAGUCCUGGCGACCUCGGAAGAUGGUACUCAUUGCGACGCCCUUUCUGGGGUGCGUGUGGAUGAUUUCGAUCUUGCGCCGGCCGCCGACCCUCGACAGAAGAUAUGGAUCGUCAUUGAGCGCAUCGGAGGGCCAGGAGGACAGGUUGAGGAUCACUUUGAGGUGGAGGCCUUAGCGGAAGAGCGUGUCGAUAUUGGAGAGUGGAUCAUUGAAGAUGAAUGA